AUGGAUGAAGAAAAUAUAUUUGCACCCUUCCAUCCUGAGGAAGAAUACACGACACGUAUCAAGAAUAUUUUGACUGAAUAUCCAGAUGGAUCCCAAAUCCUUAGAGAAAUAUUACAAAACUCUGAUGAUGCAAAAAGCUCCGAGCAAAUAUUCAUUUUGGACCAUAAUACUUAUCCCGACGAAAAAUUAUUUGAUCCAAGACUUGGCAGGUAUCAAGGGCCUGCUCUCUUAUCUGCCAACAACUCUAUUUUUCAAGAGAAUGAUUUUAAAUCAUUAUUGAAUUUGGCGAAUAGCGCUAAAAUGAACGAUUGUGAUAAAAUAGGAGUCAUGGGAAUCGGGUUCAAUUCAAUUUUCCACAUUGCUGAUGUAUGCUUCUUUAUUUCCGGAUCAUCUUAUGUUUUUAUUGAUCCUCAUGGUCGUGGAUAUUGCAAAGCACCGCGUGAACAACGAGGUACUAAAACUGAUUUUGUAAAUCAUAAACUGGCAAUGAAGUAUCCUGAUCAAUUCAUGCCUUUCUUAACGGCCUUAAAAAACAAUCCUCUAGAUGAACCUUAUAAAGGAACGAUAUUUCGAUAUCCGCUUCGAACCGAUAAGGAUGCUGUGGAGUCAAAGAUCUCGACAAAAAAAUAUACAGUCGAACAAGUUGAAAAAAUGUUUGACACCUUCUUCAAGGUUGACAAUAUCACAUGUCUUUUAUUCUUAAAAUAUAUUGAAAAAAUAUCAUUUUACGAGCUCAAAGAAGGUAGCAAAAUUCCCGAACUUUUAUAUGAAAUUGAACUGAUUAAUGCAGAAGAAAUAAGAGAAACGAGGACAUCGUUUGCUAAAAAUAUAAAGGACAAAAGGCAAUCGGAAGUUAGUUAUCAAAUGAAGUUUUAUCAAAAAUCUACUAAAGAUAUAACAGAAAUUAAAAGUGAAUGGCAAGUUAUCAAUUAUAUAGCUAAUAUAAAUGACGAAGAAUAUAAAAAAUUCAACACAAAUAUCCGUGAUUGUAAAUUUAUACCACUAGUUGGGCUAGCAGCACGAAUUGAUAAUAUAUCAGAGAAUAAAGGAAGGCUUCAUUGCUUUCUUCCUUUGCCUGAUAUAGAGGAAGACUUUUCAAUUUCGAUUAAUGGCUGCUUCGCCGUUAGCAAAAAUAGAAGGAAUUUGGAAAAUUCAAUUAAUAAAGAUUUGGCACCAGAUGAUCCAUUACUCCGCAAAGGAGAAUGGAAUAAAUAUUUAUUUGAAGAUGUUAUCCCAAUAGCAUGGAAAAAGUUUUUGUGCGAAAUGAAAAAUUACGUAUCAUUUGAGCAAAUCUAUACAUUUUGGCCAAUACCCCCAAUACCCACGGAAGGGUCUUCCGAAAAUUUGGAUAAGAAACGUGGUCUGUGGGCCAAACUUUUGCAGAAGGUUGUCAAUCAAUUGGAUGUUGAUUUGAAAGUUUUUCGCGGUCCCUUAGAUUAUUUAUCAAUUAAUAAUGGAUAUUUUUUUGACGAUGAUAAGUUCAAAAAAUCAAAAUCACCAGAUCUAUUAAAAUUGCUGGCUAAAUUAAAAUUUCCGGUUUUCGUAGAUAUUCCAAAAUUAAUCGUAGAUAAGCUAAAAGAAAGUACUUUAAAAGAUCAGAUGAACUUCAUUACACCUGAAAAAGUUUGCGAUCUCCUUAAAGUUACGUACAUGCAUGGUGAUAGUCAUGUUAAUAUUAAUGAUACUGAAAAGUUGCUUCUAUCUGAAUAUAUUCUUGGAGUUAAAAAUGUCAAUAAACUAUAUGGACUUCCUCUUCUUCCAAUUAAAAACAAAACCUUUACCACUUUUAAAUCUCGAAGUAACAACGAAUUUAAUUACAUUCUCAGUGAAGAAGAAUACGAGCUUAUUGAUAAAAAUUUUAUGGAAAAAAUUGUGGACAACACAAUAGAGAAAGAAGUCUUAUCAAAAUUAAAGGAUUUGGUAAAAGAAAAUGAAGAUAUUAAUUUACAAAAUCUUCCAGAAAUUGAAUUUGCCGAAAUUCUCAAUAAAAAUAUAAUGUCUUAUAAAGUUGAAGAUCCUGUAAGCAUUCAAGAAAUAAAAAUUAAAAAGAAUCAAAUAGAAUGGAUAUAUAAGAUUUGGGAUCAUUUACAAAAAAACAACAAAAAUUUGACAUAUUUUUUGGAUGUUUAUCUUUUACCAAUUGACACAAGUAAAAACGAUGAUUUUAUUGUCUUGAGGAAAUUAGGCGCAAAACAAAAAUGCUUAUGUCGUUCAUCUCAAAAAAUAAUUGUAGAUGGAAAUAUUGUUCAAAUAUUGUCUUUAUUAGGUUCUGCAUUUAUAAAUAUUAAUGAAAAUAUUUUAAACUAUAAAGGACUCGAAAACUAUGUAAUUAAGAUUGACGAAAUCAUUGCUGUCUUGUCAUCUCUUGAAGAACAUAGUUCAUUCCCUUCAAAUCUCGUUCAAGUUAAUCUUACUUCUCAUCAGAGACAAACAUUAACUAGUUACCUUGGUUAUUUGAAAAAGGAGUCUUGCUAUUUAAAGGUUGUUCCUAUAAUCAAAUAUAUUCCAUUAUUUACUGAAGUGAACAGUACAAAUAUUAUAAAUAUUAAUUCACUGAUUGAAUCUGGAAAAAAUCAUUUUUUACUCCCUAAAGAGGAUGAACAAUCGUAUGGACACAUUGUUUCGGAUUCAGUAUUUUUAGAAACUCACAGCUCUGAAGAUCUUUGUUUUCUUCUUGAAGAUGUAUUUAAAGUUCAACGAUUGAAACAAGAGGAAUAUUGGAAUAAUCAUGUUAUUUUGUAUUUAAGUUUACAAGAGCCAAUGAUCGUGGAUGAGAUCGUAAAAGAGCUUUUUAAACGGUGGGAAAUCAUAAAUUUAAAGGAUGAACUUUCUAAAAUAAAAUUUGUCAUGACAUCUUCAGCUGAUAAAAAAAAACAGAAGCCAACUGAUAUUUUUAAGCCAGAUAAGCAAUUAAAAGAUUUAUUUUAUUCAGAUGAACCAUUUUUUCCAGAUGAUAUAUACAGAAUGGAUUUUCCUAAAUUACUUGAAUUGGGAAUGAAAGAAUUAAUGACUAUUGAUGAUAUAGUCAACCGUAUAACAAUUUAUAUUUCAAACAAUGUCAAAAAUGAAACACGUGAAAAAUCGCUUUUAUUAUUGAAAUACAUUGACAAUAAUUAUCAAGAUCUUAAUAAUAGCGAUGAUUCAUACAAAUUACGAAACAAGAUAACAAUAGAAAAAUGGAUACCAGUCACAAAUCCAGAUGAGCAAUACUCAUUCUCAAAGGCUUUAGAUUGUCGAGAUCGGCUACACGCAACAUUUGCCAAUCGUGAAAUGCCAAUAGUUGAUUAUAUAAUUAUUAAUAGUGAUUUGCGCAAAAUUUUUGGAUGGAACGAUUACCCAUCAAUAGAUAUUAUGAUAAAUCAGUUAUUUCAAUUAUUAAAUGAAUUUAAUAUGCCAAAAGAAAAUUCUAAUAUGAAAGAAAUAAAUGACGAUAUCAAUAAAAUUUAUGAACAUUUAAAUAAUAUAGUUGAUAAUCAUAUUGACUUUUUAAAGAAUAAAUUGUCAGAUGCUAAAUGGAUUCUAAAUGAUGCGAAAAUUUAUUCAGCAAACGCGCUAGUAUUUACUAUUCCAAACUAUUUAAUGGGUUUUAAAUGGAGUUUGGUUUCGAAACAUAAUAGUAACUAUUACACUAAACUUCUUGAGAAACUUGGUGUUAAAAAAGAACCUGAGACUUCUGAUUGUCUAGAAAUACUCCAAAGUUUAAGCUUUAAAGAUAAUAAUAAGUUCAAUGUAAUAAACAUACUCGAAUAUUUAUCACAAAAAAAAGAAAUUUUAAAGGGAUUAUUAAUUCCAAAUAUGCUUAAUGAAAUGAUACCUCAUGAAAGCAUAUUUUAUAAUGAUAUUAAUGACUAUAACAAUAAGGAGUUAGUAAAAGAAAAUGAAAAUAUUCUAACGUCUCCUGAAAUUUCAAGCGAAUUAGCAAAAAGACUAAAGAUUAAAAAUUUCAGUGAAAAGUUUGUAUUAAAUAAAAUAAAUACCUUUGAUACCAAAAUAACAGCAACAUUUAAGAAAGCGCUUAAAGACUUUGAUCGUGAAGAAAUGGUAUUUCGAGAAUUUCUAAAAAACGCAGAUGAUGCAGGUGCAACCCAAUUUUGCAUCAUUCUUGAUGAUAGUGAUUACAGAGGCUCUAGAUCGUUGAUAAAAGAAGAAAUGGACUGCUGGCAAGGACCUGCAGUAUGGCUUUAUAAUAAUAAAUCAUUUACUGAAGAUGAUUUCAAAUCAAUUAUUAAUGUUGGUUGUAAUAAGAAGCCAGACAAAAUUGGAAAAGAUGGGCUUGGAUUUAUUUCGUGUUAUAAUUUAACAGAUUUACCACAAUUUAUAUCAAAUGAUAGAAUUGUAUUUUUUGACCCUCAAAGAAAAUUUCUUCCUGACAAUAAACAUGGUAGUAUAUUCUAUUUUGACGAUUACAACAAUGAUGAUAAAGGUCAUGUUUUCAACAUGUUUAAAAAUCAGUUUGAACCAUAUUUAAACCUUAAUGGAGAUAUAUUUGACCUCAAUUUUAAUAAUAAAGAAUUUAAGGGAGCCUUGUUUAGAUUACCACUCAGGGCAGCAUCAAGUGAAAUUUAUGAAAAAGUAUAUAAAAUUGAAAAUAUUAUAUCAUUAUUGGAAAGCAUGAAGAACGACAUAAUUUCUGAGUUGAUUUUUCUACGAAAUGUAGAAACUAUCAAGGUUUAUAGAAAAAAAGGUCCGCAAGAGAAUGCAGAAAUAUUGUGGAAAGUUGAAAUUAUAAAAAAUGAUCCAGGUCGCAAAUUGGUUGGAAAAAAAUUUCAAGCAUUUCAAAUUGAUAUACAAUUCACUGAAGAAAAUUAUUCAAAAAUUGAUGAAUGGCUUAUAUGUUCAGGAGAAAAGACCUCGGUUUCUAAUGAUGACCCUUCUCUGAGUGAUACAUGGGGUGGUGUAGCAACAACUAUUUCAGAAACCUCCGCAAGUGGUCGAAUUUAUUCACAUAUUCCACUUGACGUCUUUACAAGACUUUCUAUGAAUUUGCAUUCGAAUAAUUGGGCACUCUCCCCAGAUCGGACUAGACUUGACCUAAAUGAUGCAAAGGCAUCACAAAACAAGAACAUUUUAGAAAAAGUUCUUCCUCAACUUCAUGUAAAAUUUUUUGAAGAAUACAUAAAAAGACAUCAAAAAGCAGAAUUUCAAGUUAUUUCUGAAUUUUGGCCAAUUCCAAAAGAUAAUGAUCCUAAAAUAUUACAAUAUGGGCAAAAAGUACUUAAACUUGUAUCUCAAGGAAAUCACAAAAUAUUUUGGUCGCCUUUUAAAGGUGGAUCGUAUAUUGAUUUUAGGCACUGCUGUUUUAUAAAUAAAGAUACACCAAUAAAUAUUGUCGACUUCCUUAAUGAAAAUGAAUAUCCUACAGUUUUACUAGACCCCGAACAUUUAGAAGUAUUUGAAAAGUUAGAUAUUAAACCUCAAAAAACUGAUCCUCGACUUAUAAGAAGUAUUUUGAAAAGCGAGAGACUUUUAUUGGACUCAUCAAAAUUGGACAUUUCUUUCUCUCUAUUAAACUAUAUUCUUGAAGAUGAAUGUUAUGGAGAGCUUGAAGGCAUCCCAUUAGUUCCAUUAUUUGAUGAUAAAUUUGGUGAAUUUACUAGAUGCAAAAACUACAGCAUUGCAACGCAAGAAGAAUUCAAAUUAUUUCCCAACGCUGGACCAGAUCAUUUUGUUUCUAGAGAAAUAUUAGAAAGAAGGGGUCUAUAUGAAAAAUUCACUAAUUAUGAUUUCAGAACAAUUACAAAUAUUAGAUAUUUUACCUAUAUAACUAUUAGAAACUUUUUAUGUAAAGAAUUAGAGGAGGUUUCUGAGUUAGAAUGGGAACCUAAUUCAAAUUUAAUACCUAAUCAAGAAUGGCUUAACAAAAUAAUGAAAUGUAUCUUAAAUAGCACCGUAGAUAGUACCUUGCAGCCGUUUGAAUCAUUCCCGUUAAUUGAAGUAUAUGAUCCAAAUAAUCAUUAUCAACAUAAACUUGUUAGUUUAAAAGAUGCAAAACAUAGACCUUUACUAAUCUGUUCUAAUCUCGAAGAUGAUAUAAUUAAGGCGUUAACAAACAUUGGAAUUCGAUUCACCACACGUCAAUAUAAUAAGAAGCUUGAAGAAUAUAUUUUAAAAUUAGAGCCAGAUAAUAUUUUAUUUGUUAUUGAAAAAUAUCGAUGUUACGAUAACCUUUUAAAUAAUAAGAAGUCUAAAAAGAUUCUGAGCAAAUACUUUUGUCAAGAUUUAUCUCUAUUAAAUAAUGGAAUUGACAAAUUGAAAAAAUUGCCUAUAUGGCCAACACAUACUGUGAAAUCUGGAAAUAUAAUAUAUAGAUCUAUUUUAGAUGAAAAUACAUAUCUAAUACCAAAACCAUUUACAUUUUAUCCGCUAAACGAGUGCCAUAAUUUUUAUUUUAAUACAGAAAAUCAACCAAAUAUGCGCAAACUACUAGAAUCUUUAUCUGCUAAAAAGCAAACCAAAUUACCAUAUAUAAAAGCUGUUAUUGUUUCUGAUAUUUCAAUUCCUCAGGAUAUGCGAGAUGAUUAUUUACAAUUUUUAAUUGACAUAUUCUCUGAUAGUGAUAGCAUUGAUAAUAUUAAGGAUUAUAUCAAAGAAUUAAAAGUUAUUCCAAAUAAGGCGUUUGAACUUUGUUAUGCAAAGGAUUUAUUUGAUCAAUAUAAUUCUCUCUUUAAAUGUGUUUAUGAAGAUUCUAAUCGAUUUCCUCCAAACAAACUUCAAGAUAAUCAAAAAUCCAAAGAAGCACUUAAGAAGAUAGGUUUAAAACACAAUGUUAAUUCUGAAAUAUUUAUUGAAUGUGCAGAAGAAAUUCAGGCCAAUUUUUUGCGUGCAGAAAAAAAUUUAAUCAAGAGAAAGAAAAUCAAAAAUGCAGCAAAUACUGCAGUUUCUUACUUUUAUGAAAAUCAAUUAGUUUUAAAUUUUUCAACAGAUGAAUGGAAUAAAUUAUCAAAAAUUAAAUUUGUUCCAACCACAAAAAAAGUUUUGAAAGUUCCAUACGAAUAUAAUUGUAAUAACAAUAGUGAAAAACUGCAAAGUUUUGAAAACUUAUGUCUUUCAAAACAUAAAAAUCUUGCAUGGACGCAAUUAUCAUUCUUUAAAAAUGAACCAAAUGAAAACGUUUUAAAAACUUAUCCGAGUCUUGGUUUGCCUACAAUCCCAACAAUAAUUAAGCAUUUAGAAACAAUUCAAAAAGAGAUUACUAAAUCAGUUGAAUGGAAACGACACGAUACUUUACUAUUUAAGGCAAUAAAAGAUAUCUAUGAAGAAUUGAACUCACGAUGUAUUAAUACUAAAGAUAAAGAAGAAUUGCGUUUGUGCUUUCCCGAAGAUAUUCCACUAAUUUUGAAUAGUACAAAUCCAUUUGAUUCAGAAAGUUGGGUUAUUGCUUCACAUCUUGAUAUGAAUAUUCAAAAAGACUAUAGUCUAGAAAAAAGAUCUGUUAAUGAAUAUCUUAAAGUAUAUGAAAAUCUUUUACCACUAGUUGGAGUAGGUUCAAUGAAAAUUCCCAAUUGGCAUAAAGAUGUACCUGCUAAAAAUAAUUCUCAGCAAUUGUCAGAGUCAAUUAUAAAAUUUUUAGAAGCUGGAAAUAAAACAAUGUUCAACAAUGUCAUAUUUCGGGUUAAAAAUUGUGAAUUUUAUGCAAAUUCAUCAAUAUUAAUUUGUGCAGCACCAUAUUUUCAAGAAAUAUUUUUCGAAACAGAAAGGAUGAAAUAUGAACUAACAUAUGACGAUAUUGAGCCUAACUCAUUCUGUAUAUUAUUAAAUUGGUUAUAUGGAAUUCCCCUCCCAAAGGAUAUAAAUGGUAAUGAAAAUACAAACUAUAAUAAUAAUGAAUUUUUUCAAAUAUACGAUGAUCUUUUAUUAGCAUCUGAAAAGUUUAAACUCGAACAGCUUAAAAACUUGGUGGAAUAUGAAUUAGCUGAAUACGUUAAGGAAAAUUUAGUUGAUAGUGCUUUGAUAGAUGUUGAAAGGCUGGCAGAAAAAUAUAAUUUAACUAGUCUUAUAAAAUAUUGUGAACAAGAAGUUUUUGACUGUAAACUCAGGAUUUUACAGUAG